AUGCCUCUCAGUAACUGGUUUCCUGAGGUAUCUGAAGUUAGACACACAGCCUGGAGCAAUCUGAACACAUCGCCCCCGCAGCUCUGCAGGAAUCAGGAUGCAGGCCAAAUACAGCAGCACGAGGGAUAUGCUCGAUGAUGAUGACACCAGCAUAAGCCUGUAUUCUGGAGCUUCCACUGUCACCAGACGUGCAGAUCCGAGGCAUUCAGCAGAGAACGAGACUCCCUCUUCAGUUUGGCGCCCAGUGGCUCUGACCCUGCUGACCUUGUGUCUGGUGCUACUUGUCGGCCUCGCAGCCCUGGGCCUUGUGUUUUUUCAGUUCUACCAGCUCUCCAAUAUCCAGCAAGACAGCAUCGCUGAAAAGGACGAAAGGCUGGGGAAUGUAUCCCGACAGCUGCAGUCCCUCCAGAUGCAGAACAGGAGACUCAUAGAAACUCUACAGCACGUAGCUGUAAAACUGUGUCGUGAACUUUACAACAAAAGCGGAGGACACAGAUGUAGCCCUUGCCCAGAAAACUGGAAGUGGCAUGGGGACAAAUGUUACCAGUUCUAUAAAGAGAGUAAAAGCUGGCAGGGCUGUGAAUAUUUCUGCUUGGCUGAAAAUGCCACCAUGCUGAAGAUAAGCACACAGGAAGAGCUGGAUUUUGCCAUGCCUCAGAGCUACUCUGAGUUUUUCUACUCUUAUUGGACAGGGCUCUCCCGCAAUGGCAGUGGCAAAGCGUGGCUGUGGACAGAUGGGACACCUUACUCCUUUGAACUGUUUGAGAUUAUAAUCGAUCCCACCAACCUAAGGAACAGGGACUGUAUGACCAUCUUCAAUGGAAAGGCUUUCUCAAAGGACUGCAAAGAGCUGAGAAGGUGUGCCUGUGAGCGGAUGGCAGGGAGAGUGGUGCCUGAGGUGCUUCAGUAGGUGGCAUCAAACAUUGAGCAGAGGAAGUCAACAGGUCAGCUUCAACCACCAGCCAAAGGACUGAGUCAAGUGAGGCCAACUAAAUGGACAUUCAAAGCUUUGGAAAACAGAGUCAGCUGCUGGGACUGGUACUUGAGAGGUUCUCCUCAUUCUGGCUCAGCAUCAUUCAUACUCCAGCACCAGUUCUUACACACUUUUACCUGUCACAAAGAUUCUUAUGAAGCACUAAUUAGCCUCAGUAGGCUAGAUCAUUGUCCUCCUUGAUUUACAGAAGGCUUUCAGCUGUCUCUCAGUGACUGUCCUCACCCUGUUUCCCAUGUCUCCUUUACACUAGGAAAAGAGGCACAUAAGAAAAUAGAGGGGGUGAUACAAAACCACUCAUUGUGUGUGGUGGUGUCUACACAAGUCUUGGUGCUUUCCAGCUCUCAGCACUAGGAUGGUGGAGGCAAGACAUGAAAAGUUUAAGGCCACCCACAGCUACAUAGAAAGGAGGCCAACCUAGGCUAUUUGAGGACCUCUUCUCAAACAGCAAGAAGGAACAAAAGAGCAAUAGAGUUAAAAAGAAAGAAAAGAAAGAAAGAGAGAGAGAGAGAAAGGAGAAAAAGCAAAGCAGAGAACAGAGAAAAAGGAAGUGGGGUCCUUUGGGGUCCUUUGUCCUAACAGGAAGUCCAAGAGAAACUACCAGACAUCCCAUUCCUGUGCUGUUAUACACAGCUAAUACUUUUUGUUCUCAGUUCACACUUUGCCUCUCCCAGGCUCUUAACAAUCGCUCUACCUGCUACACCGCUGAUCAUCUUUCCAGCCGAGCUGGCUCUCAUUGUGUCAAUCUCCAGUCCAUCAUUGUGCCCUUCCCCAAUCAUGUUUCCUAGGAUGAUCUCACCUCUCAUAUAAGUUAGAAUUACUGUCCCUGUACUCCAACAAGGAGACUGGAGAGAAAUUUUAGUCUCUUUAAAUGCACAGAUAAUAGUUUGAAUUCUUCCUCCAUUCCAUUUGAAACAUGUUUAUACCUUCCAGGUACUAAAGAUUUAAUAAUAAUACGUGCGAAUAAUGUGAAAUGGGUAUGGUUUUAGAAUGGAUUUGUUACUUGGGGGAAAAUCAGCAAGGGAACGCUUUUCUCUACUGUGUUAACAGACUGUUUGACUACUUGUGCCUUGACAAUUGGUGGAGCCACUCUGAGGCUAUUGUUUAUGGAAUAUCUGAGGAUAAGAAAGUAUACAAAACAAAUUGUCUUCAAAAGGAUGGCUGUAUGAUAUUUCUAAAGUGAAAUGGUUGUGGCAAAAUCAUGACAUCGAUGUUGGUCUGUUGAGUACCUGAGAUGUGGUAGACCACAUGAUAUCUAAACAGGAGUUGGAAGAGAAAGAGAAGCUAUGAAGUUUACACAGCCAAACUCUUGACUAGACAUUCUUUGGGUGAUGACAUUCAAAGCCAUAAUAGGAGUUGUGAAUAACACCAUGUCAACUGAAUUCAUUGCUUAUAGAGAAGCCAGCAUUAUAGGGUUGACAGCACCAGUAUCAGAUGUCACACUCUUAGUCUUCAACAGUAAAAACUGGAAAACAUCUAUUUCAUGGUGAAAUUACUAAAUUAGCCCUUUUGUAAUGAGAACAAUUCUGUAUUUAUUUUCAUAAGACUCAAUUUGAUAACAGUCAUUUAUCUAAACAUGA